CCCCCUCCCUCUCGCGCCGUCCCCUCCCACGCCCCAGCGCGCUGUGUCGGGAUAGUGGCAGUAUAAAGUAUAUCUUCCAUCCGAGACAGAUAAGAAGCGCCAGGCUAGAGGGGAUGAAGAUGGCGGACGCCAAGCAGAAAAGGAACGAACAGUUGAAGCGCUGGAUAGGCUCGGAGACGGAUCUCGAGCCGCCCAUCCUGAAGAAGAAGAAGACGAAGGUGAAGUUCGACGAUGGCGCCGUGUUUCUGGCCGCCUGCUCCAGCGGCGACACGGAGGAGGUGCUGCGAAUGCUCGACCGCGGCGCGGACAUCAACUACGCCAAUGUAGACGGACUCACCGCCCUGCACCAGGCCUGCAUAGAUGAUAAUGUGGACAUGGUGACCUUCCUGGUGGAGCAUGGAGCCUGCAUUAACCAGCCCGACAAUGAAGGCUGGAUUCCCCUUCACGCUGCCGCUUCCUGCGGAUACCUCGACAUCGCUGAGUAUCUUAUCACUCAAGGUGCAAACGUCGGUGUAGUAAACAGCGAGGGAGAAACUCCAUUGGAUAUCGCAGAGGAGGAGGCCAUGGAGGAGCUUCUGCAAAACGAGAUCAACCGGCAAGGCGUGGAUAUCGAGGCGGCCAGGAAAGAGGAGGAGCGGAUCAUGCUAAGGGAUGCGCGACAGUGGCUUAACAGCGGCCAGAUCAACGACGUCCGGCACGCCAAGUCUGGGGGGACCGCACUGCACGUCGCUGCAGCCAAGGGAUACACUGAGGUUUUAAAGCUUUUAAUCCAAGCAGGGUAUGAUGUAAAUAUUAAAGACUACGAUGGCUGGACUCCGCUCCACGCUGCUGCACACUGGGGCAAAGAAGAGGCCUGUCGGAUACUAGUAGAGCAUUUGUGUGAAAUGGACGUUGUCAAUAAAGUGGGUCAGACGGCGUUUGAUGUAGCUGAUGAAGAUAUCUUGGGAUAUUUAGAAGAGCUGCAAAAGAAACAGAAACUGCUUCUGAGUGAAAAGAAGGAUGUUAAGAAGUCUCCUUUAAUAGAAACUACGACUACUGGGGACAAUAAUCAAUCUGUGAAACCACUGAAGAGUAAAGAAACACUUCUACUGGAGCCAGAGAAGACUGUCCCACGAAUUGAGACUCUGGAGCCAGAGAAGGUGGAUGAAGAAGAGGGGGAGGGGAAGAAGGAUGAGUCUAGCUGCUCUAGUGAGGAAGAGGAGGAGGAAGACUCGGAGUCUGAGAACGAAGCAGACAAGACCAAGUCUUCUGUUCCAUCGAGCAUUUCUAACAGUACACCUGCACCUUGUAGUAUCACCGUCACUUCCCCAACUACUCCAAGCAACCAGGUGACCACCCCAACCUCACCUACCAAAAAGUCUGAUAACAUUACUGCCCUUGUGCCUGGGGGGGAGCCAGGCUGUCCUGCGUUGUGGCGUCAAGGCUUGCGCAAAACUGGCAUUUCACUUGUGCCCAAAAAAGCGAUGGUGAUCACAUCUGCAGGGAAGGUGUCUCCUAAAGACGAGGAGAGGAAGGAUGAGUCUCCUGCAUCAUGGCGACUGGGCCUGCGGAAAACCGGCAGUUACGGAGCACUGGCAGAAAUCAGCACAACUAAAGAGGCACAGAAAGAGAAGGACACAGCCGGGGUGAUGCGCUCGGCCUCUUCUCCUCGCCUCUCAUCCUCACUGGACAAUAAGGACAAGGAAAAGGAGAAGGAGAAGACACGCCUGGCGUAUGUUGCACCAACCAUCCCGAGAAGACACGUUAGCACAUCAGACAUCGACGAGAAGGAAAACAGGGAUUCGGCUGCUAGUCUGGUACGUAGCGGCUCGUACACCAGGAGACGCUGGGAAGAAGACCUGAAGAACAGCGAUGGAACCGCCUCACAAAACAGAACCUCCAGCUAUCAGCGCAGUACGUCUCACACGCUAGCGUUAGGCCGCACGUCUAGCUCUCGCGACCUGCCCGCCAAAUCCUCCUCUGCCUCCAGCCUGGAACCUAACAACUCUAAAGCCUGGCAGCAGCCUUCCUCCUACCUCCAGUCUUACAGCAUUCACCGCAGCGGUUCAUUUGGAAGGAGGCAGGAUGAUGCUUUAAGUUCCACUUCUUCCUCCACCUCCACAACAACGACCUCCACCUCCUCUGUUACCUCACCCACCGGACAUCGCAGCCUGCUGUCCAGGUAUUGGGCAGAAGAGAGUACGGAAAAGGAGAAGGAGAAAGAGUCGGCCACGGUCAUCCCCACAAUCAACACUGCAGCCACCACCACUACCACCUCCACUACUGGAACUGUACUGGGCUCUGACGGACGAGAGAGACGCAGAUCAUACCUCACCCCUGUGCGUGACGAAGAGUCCGAGUCUCAGAGGAAAGCCAGAUCCAGACAGGCACGGCAGUCCAGGAGGUCCACACAGGGUGUGACCUUGACUGAUCUCCAGGAGGCAGAGAAGACCAUCGGUCGCAGUCGUCCCACACGGCCUCGAGAAGAGGAGAAAGAAGAGAAGGAGAAACAGGACAAGGAGAAACAAGAAGAGAAGAAAGAGACCGAGACCAAGGAGGAUGACUACAGGUCACGCUACCGCAGCUUUGAAGAGAAGUACCGGAGCUCCUUGGCCUCGACCACCACGGCCUCCUCCACCCUGCCUUCCUCCUCAUCUAGCAGCUCCUCUUCUCUGUACAGCACCACCUCUCUGAACCGGCCCAACAGCCUGAGCGGUCUCACUUCCACCUACAGCCGCACCACACGCGACACUGAGAGAGAGUCUGAUAGAAAAGACAAAGAGGACGACAAGGACGCUGAAGACAAGUCUCAGCCACGCUCUAUACGCGACCGCAGACGACCUCGAGAGAAAAGACGCUCGACCGGAGUGUCCUUCUGGACCCAGGAUAGCGACGAGAACGAGCCAGACCAGCCAUCAGACUCCGAAGAAGGCAGCACUAAAGGAGAGCCUCAGAGUGACAGACUAUCCAGGUAUGACCCUGUCUCUACUAGCACUUCCUCCCUCGACCGUUACGAGCCUUUGAGUAGCCGUGGCAUUGGGGAGAGCCGGCGGCCGUACUCUCGCUUCGAAAGAGACGACACCACUGAUUAUAAGAAGCUUUAUGAGCAGAUUUUAGCUGAAAAUGAGAAGUUGAAAGCUCAGUUACGUGAUACAGAACUGGAGCUGGCAGACCUGAAACUGCAGCUGGAGAAAGCCACACAGAGGCAGGAGCGCUUUGCUGAUCGAUCACAGCUGGAGAUGGAGAAAAGGGAAAGAAGAGCUUUAGAAAGGAAGAUCUCUGAGAUGGAGGAGGAACUGAAGAAUCUUCCUCAGGUAAAGCAGGUGCAGUCUCUGCGUCAAUAUAACGAGCGUUUGCAGGCAGAGAACAGGGCGCUGGCUCGCGUGCUCUCCAAAAUCUCGCAGGGCUGCAGCCACCUGCCCGCCGCAGACCUGUAGACCCGCCCCCACCUCCCCUUACACCCCUCCUCAUGCUCCAUUCAGCUCCGCCCACGCCCAUAUAAAGGCAGGUGCCAGCCAGUGUCUGAGCUGAUGCUCCGCCUCCCUCUGUGCUUCCUGGGGAGGUUUUUGGGGCUUUUUUUUUUUUUUAAAAAGCACAGUACAGUUAUUGCUAAAAAAUGUCUACAAAAUACUGUACAUUUUAUUAUUAUUUAGAAAUGACUAGGAUAUUUUACGCACUUUUUUAAAUAAUUUCUAAAAUGUCGUCAUUAAAACAUUACAUAUAUUCUUAUAACAAAUGUUUUUUCAAGAAUUACAUUUUACAAAUGGCAUGUUUCUUGAAUGAAUGUAAUUAAUAAAAAAUUAAAACACUAAUGUUUACCCAGAUUUUUAUGAAUGCCAUUUUAUAAAUUGUCAAUACUAAAAUUUAUAUUUUGAUUAAACACUGCUUGUAUGAAUCACACGGUUCCUGCUAUUUUUAAAACACCUUUUUUAGUAAUAAAUUGUACUGUUUUUUUUUUUUUUUUUUUUUUUGGCCCCUCCCCUCGAAUGUGUUGCGGUGAAGUGCAGUUCCUUUUGGAUGACUACAGCAUCUUGCAUGAGGUGCUUGACUGUUUUUUUGUGAAAUCAGAUAUAGUUUCUCUGCUUUUUUUUUUUUUUUUAAUUUUGGAGACCAACCCUUCCCCCAGUCCCAGAUUUUUUGAUUCUGGAGCUGAACUGUUAUUUAUGCUCUGCCUGAGGCUAAUCUGGAUUGCAUGGCUUCUGGAAACUCAUGCAUUUUAAUCCACAGAUUGUCGCUGGCAAACGCUUAAAUUACAUUGGAGCUUUUCUAGCAUAAUCUAGCCGAUUGUAUACAGAAUGAGAAACAUUUUUUUGGAUGCAGUCUGUUUGCCGAUAGGCCUCGAACACAGUAUGAUAUUACUUUGUUUCUAGGUUUUUAAGUUCUGUUUCUUUUACUCGGGUCUGUUUUGUGGCUUAUUUUAACACUCUGGAAAAAUGCAUUAAAAACAGUCCAAAACAGUCUACAACUGCAGUACUCAAACUGUACUCUUGGGAAGUAUCAUUACAUCGUUAAAAUGUAAUUGUCAGUGGCAAGUUUAUCACAAGGAAGUUGUUUCUUUGCAUUCCUGCAAAACAUCUAAGGUUCCUUACUGGCACACAAUUUUUUGCCUUUCUUCUUAGAAAUUUUUCAUCCAGAAAUGAAUGUUCUGUCAUCAUUUACUCACCCCUAUAGUGUUAUAAACCUGUAUGACUUUCUUUUGUGUAAGUUAUCUAGCAAAAAAUAAGCUUACUGGGGCUGUAAAACUCCGUAAUGGGCAAAAAAGGCAUCAUAAAAGUGGUCCAAAUGACUCUUGCUCUGUUUUAGGACGUGAGGUCACAUAACGGCUGAGAAUGAAGUCGAUGCUUUUGUUUAACUUCCUUUAGUUGUUCAAAAAUAUAAAGAAAAGGGGAGUAAACUAAGAUGACUCUCAUUUAUUACUUUAGCUAGUUUCUCCCAACUGAUCUAUUUUCGUAGCUGCUGCUUCCUUUUUGAAAACAUGUUUAAUUUUGUUUACAAAACUCGGUUUCCAGUUAGCCCAAUUAGUAGUUUUCCAGACUUCUAUCCGUCUGUGCAGUGUACGGUGAGUGGUGAAAUCUCAGCUAUAGAUCUCCACUUCAACACUGUAACCUGAAGGCUGAAGCGGAUCGGUAUCGAGUAGCACUCGGUGUUGUGGUUUAUACAGACACUUUGAGCCACUCUUGUAUUCCUGCCCCUUUAUUUAUUCCGUCCAGUCGAGGACACACAAAGGGACUCUGUGUGUACAGAGAGAGGACCAUCUGGCCUCAUCUUUACCCUCUAUCUGAGAGUGCAUGGCUAUGGUUUCCCAUUGAACUGCAGUGUGCCUGCUGGUUUGUGUGUGUGGAUCUACAGUUCCUUUUCUACUGAAAUGGUGCUGGUUCUUGUGACGACGAAUCUGCAAAUUUUGAAACGGGGGCUCAUUUCUACUGAUUUUAGAGCCAAAUGACGCCAUGACUUUGCUAGGGCUGGUUGAUGUAAUUGUAAUCAUUUUGAUGUGUGUGUGUGUGUGUCCACUACCAGUCAUAAGUUUUUGAACAGUAAGAUUUUUGUUUUUUUAAGUCUCUUCUGCUCACCAAGCCUGCAUUCAUUUGAUCCAAAGUACAGAUAAAACAGUAAAGUAUUUUUACUAUUUAAAAUAACUGUUUUCUAUUUGAAUAUAUUUUAAAAUGUAAUUUAUUCCUGUUAUUUCAAAGCUGAAUUUUUAGUAUUUAUUUUGGUAUGUAUACACACAUUUAUUUUUAUAUAUAUAUAUAUAUAUAUAUGUAUAUGUGUGUGCAUUUUUUUCUUUUAUAUUAUUUUAUAUAUUUUAUUUUUUAUAUAUAUUUAUAGCAAUUAUUUUAUUUAUUUUGCCAUUGCAAUAAUUGCACAUACAAAGAGUGACAUACGAGCAUGAAAGCAUUAAAACUGAAUUAAUUCAGAUGGUCCUAAUGAGUGAAUCAGUUCAGAGCUCUGAUUCAGCUAUUGGUUAAUGUUAACAUAUGGUAUUUUUCAUGUAUUAAAGCUUAAAAUUAUACUUAACUAUACAUAUGCAUGUAAAUUAACAUUACCAAACAAGUAUCAAAUGUAAUAUAAGUGCAUAUAAAUUAACAUCAAAUUUAGAUUUAAAUCUAUAUAGAAUUAAAAUUAAUUACUAUUAAAUUAUAAUUGUACUUACUGUUUUAGGAUAUAUGUAUAUGUAUAUAUUUUGAGGCUGCAGUGGCUGUUUGGCCUAAACAAAAAAUAUUAAAAAUAUCACCAUUUCAAAUAAUUUCAGAGCAAAUAUAAAAUUUCAAGAAAAAUAUUGAGUGAAUUUAUGUCUGCCUGGCGAUUAGACCUUAUUGUGUUAUUAUUGGUUCUAGUCCAGGAGCCAUUCCCGAGCCACUUUUCCCUAUCCCAGAUCAGGCACCAUCACCAUUUCGGUGAAAAAGAGGGUUGUGUUGUUCGAAGGAAGGAAGGGAAGGAUGUAGCAAUUAACAAUCAUGAGCAUCCAGAGCCACGCCAACAACACAGCACUCGUCCUUGUCCGUUAAUCUAACCCGCCCCUCUCCUGUUCUCUC